AUGCAAUUCACCAUCAUCCUCUCCCUUCUCUCUUUCACCGCUUUCAUCGCUGCUGCUCCGGUACCGGAACCCCAGCUCGGAGCCGCAGCGACAGUCGCUGGACUGGCCUGUGCUGCGCUACCUGAAGAAUGUAAAGCGGUUGGUGACGCGGGUAAACAAGCGAUCGAGGACAUUGGCGCCCAGAGGGAGAAGACCGUUGAGCAAAACGGUGCUGUGCCCGUCGCUCUGGCUGAUACACUUGCCGGUUAA